UUUUUUUUUUUACAUUUAUCCAAUCUAUAAACAUCAUGCAUCCAAAGGCCAUCAUUCUUGUCGGCGGUCCCUCACGCGGUACGCGUUUCCGCCCCCUUUCACUCAAUGUUCCCAAGCCCUUGUUUCCUGUUGCAGGCAAGCCCAUCAUCUCGCACCAUAUUGCAGCUCUUUCCAAGAUCGAGGACUUGAAAGAGAUUCUUCUCAUUGGUUUCUUUGAGGACUCGGUCUUUUCUCAAUUCCUUCAGGAUGCUGCCCGUGAAUACCCUAAUCUUCAUAUCCGCUAUCUCCGUGAGUAUCAGUCUUUGGGAACAGCUGGAGGUCUCUAUCACUUCCGUGACGAGAUUUUGCGUGGUAACCCAGAACAGGUCUUUGUACUUCAUGCGGAUGUGGCCUGCGAUUUCCCCUUGAUCCAGAUGAAGAAGGCUCAUGAAGGUCAUCGUGGACUGUGCACAAUUUUGGGAACCAAGGUCCCUCGUGAGGUCGCCAAUAAUUUUGGAUGCUUGGUCGCUAAACCCGACACGAAUGAAGUGUUGCACUAUGUUGAGAAACCUGAAUCUUUCAUCUCCGACUUGAUCUCAUGUGGUGUCUACUUGUUUGAUUGCGCUAUCUUUGAUGAGAUUCGAAAGUCUUUGGAGAAUAAGAAAGGAAAUGUUGAAACUGAUAUCUAUGGCAGGGAAGUCUUCCAGGAUGGCAAUAAAUUACGCCUGGAGCAGGAUCUUCUCCGUCCUUUGGCGCAGGCUCGCAAGCUUUUUGUUUAUGAGACUAAGAGUUUCUGGAGACAAAUCAAAACUGCAGGAUCUGCUGUGCCUGUCAAUGGGUUGUACUUGGAGCAACUUUUGAGUACCAACCCUGAGAAGCUCGCUAAAAAUACACCUGGCGGUCCCGAGAUUGUUGGCGCUGUCUACAUCCAUCCUACUGCUCAGAUUGAUCCAAAGGCCAAGCUUGGACCUAAUGUUUCAAUUGGCCCUAAUGUCUUUGUGGGCAAAGGAGUUCGUAUUCGUGAUUCGAUCAUUUUGGACAAUGUGGAUAUUAAGCAGAACGCCUGUAUCUUGCAUGCGAUCGUUGGCUGGAACUCUAAGGUCGGAUGCUGGUCUCGUGUGGAAGGAACAUUGCCUGCAGCUCAUAACAGCACAGCAGUGACCAAGAAUGGACUCAAGGUUCAAAGCGUGACAAUCUUGGGCAAGGAAGUCACUGUCAAGGAUGAAAUUGUGAUUAGGAACUGUAUUGUUUUGCCUCACAAGGACCUUAAGCAAAGCUGUGAAAACGAAAUUGUUAUGUAAAAAGGGAAAAGAAAAGUCAUCAUAGUAACAGAGUUUUAAGAUAAAAAGCAGAGAACAAACAAAAAAGUUUAUCAGGCUCAAAAUAUAUUUGCUUAUAGCAAUCGUGUUAUUUUGUAUUGGGUCACUUAUCAUAGAAUACGCGUCUAAAAUAGCGACUAUUAGCAAACAAAAAAAUAAAAAAUAAAAAAUAAG